AUGUCAACGCUGACGCAAAUCCCACAGUAUAAGGAGCAGGGCUCGACCUGUGUGCAUUGCCUGGAUCGCAGCAUGCUCAGCCAGUAUCCGCCACGGCCCCGACUGACCCGGCUAGACAGCAAGCAUGGGUCUUUCAUCUCCUCUACAGGCACUUCGCCAUCAUCUCCUACUACCAUGACAGAGUCUUCCCCCUCGCAGUCAAAUCCCCAAACCCAACACGAGCACCAACCAAAAUGCCUCUCAACCCAUAUCGAAGAAACCCUUCACCUAAAAGACCUCGAAUUGAUGAUGCACUGGUGCACAACAACGUACAAAUCCAUGACGGGGGACCCCGAAUCCGAACAAAUCUGGCAAACAACCAUACCGCAGCUAUCCCUCCGCUAUCCAGCCCUUCGCCAAGGCAUCCUAGCCCUCUCUGCGCUUCAUCUCGCUUCAACAAGCGCAUCUUCCCGGCGCUGGCGAUAUCUUGACACGGCACGCUUGUACCAGGCACAAGCGCUAUCGGGCCUCCGCAUCGAGAGUGACGAAGAGGCACCGGAAGCAGAGAACCAAGCGACCUUCGCGCUGUGUUGCAUAAUGAUCGUAUUCACCUUCGGUUUUUGCCAAAUCGACAGCGAAAAUGACUCAGAUGAAGAGCAGCCCGAUGUGCUGGACGAGUUCUUCGAGGUGUUCCAGCUCACCCGGUGGCUAGUUAGCAUUAUGGCGGCCUCGAGGGAACGUAUCACAGGGGAUGAGCUUAACCCGCUUUUCCAGUUCAAAGACUCGCUCCCAACGAUGCCGAAUAUGUCGAGGUUGGUGUGUCUGUCGCUACAGCGACAGAACAACAUGGAGGCUGUGCGGGAUGCAACGCACGAGACGGAUGUGUAUGACAAGGCCAUUGAACAUCUCAGCCAAGCGCUCGACCAGCUGAUGAAGGGCGGCGAGCCGAAGGUAUUUGCAUUCUGUUGGAGUCUCCAUAUUCCGGCGGAGUUUUUGGAGUUGCUUCAGGCACGCCGGCCAUUUGCGCUCGUUGUUCUGGCGCAUUAUACGGUUAUUCUGCAUCAUCUUAGGGGCUCAUGGUGGAUGGGUGAUUGGGGGAAUAGGAUCCUGCAGGAGAUUGGGGAUCUUCUUGAAUUUGAGUGGCGAGAGCUUAUUGGCUGGCCGAUUGAUGCAACGGGGUGUUUCCUUCCGAGGACUGAGGCGCAAGUGUGA